CUCAACUGUACGAGGAUUUUCCAUAGAAAAAGACAUUAGCUAAGGGAAGUUAGGUCAACAAUCAAACCAGAGACGGACCUGUUUCAGGGAAAGGUGACGUUAUGAAGUUGCUGUUCAUUGCAGUAUUAUUGAGCUUUACUUCCAGUAUAUUCACAGAAUCAUCAACCGCUCCAGAAAUCGCAGGAAAUGAUCCAAUCGUGCUCCCUACAGGAACAUUCUCUCAGCAAGAAGUAAACGGCCUGAACGAACAUAAUCGCUUUCGUGCGAUACAUGAUGCGCCACCCAUGAGUCUUGAUCGUGAAAUGUGCGAUUCCGCUGCCCAGUGGGCCAAAUACAUCGCAGAACAAGGCUCUCUUAAACAUUCAACUGAAGAUCAGAGGCCAAACCAAGGGGAGAACCUAUCCAUGGGAUGCUCCUCAGACAAAGCUCAAACAGUAAAGGAGGCCGUCACAAACUGGUAUAACGAGGUUUGUACUCCCGGCUACUAUGGACUGGGCGAGUUAGAGACUGGGCCCAGUAAAGCAGGGCACUUUUCGCAGGUUGUCUGGAAAGAGAGUACCAAGCUUGGGAUCGGUCGCGCAGAGAUUGAGCAAAAUGGAAUGAAGUGUGCGUACAUCGUUGGCAGAUACAAUCCGCCCGGAAAUGUUCAGGAAUCCUAUAAACAGAAUGUUCUCAAAGGGUCUUUUAACCGAGAAGUCUACUGCCCAACAGCAGUGAAAAAAGAUGAGAUGAGAACGGAUUAACCCUAUCAGAGGGUGGCCUACUGCUAUCAUUUCAAGGAAAAAUAAUGGGUCCAAUCAUUUUCCUUGUUGCUACAUAAUCAUUGGAGUGUAUGAUGAUAAAUCACACCUACGAUGGCGUAGAACAUCCCAAGCUACAUGUACACUUGCAAAAAUUUCUGGCCAGACAUUGCCAAGACUGACAGACUUGUGGUUACUUAUUAACCGUGUGGUAACAGUUUGAAAGCGCGCUCAGCUAGGCCUUUAUAGAUUAUGCUAGUAAAAGUAGCAUGUUAUGCUAGUAGCACUGCUUUCUUUAGGCAAAAUUAUGCUAAAAUUUUUGCGAAAUUUUGAUUGUCGAAGCUAAGAAAGUAUCAUUCAUUAUCAUAUUGAAAACAAAACCUCAUUAAAAUUGCUUUCAACGCACUUGGUGGCAGGCGU